AGUGAAAUUGAGACACUGACAUUCCUAAGAUCUUUGUCUUCUCUCAGCUGGUCAUUGCCUUAUGAUCAAACUACAGAAUCAUUCAUUCACAGCCACACAGCAGAUAUUGUGCGUAUCUUAACUAUGCUGAUCAAAGAGGAUCCCGUGAAUUUGUUCUUCAGUCCUGUGGGCCAAGAGAUCUUUAUCACUAUUUCUGAUUUCAGUUACCAGGAUGUUCAUUUGCUGUUUGGAUCUGAAGAUCAAAAUAACUUUUUCAGUCUCAUCAUCAAAAGUAUGAUCACUCUGCCCUCCAUAGAGACUCUCAUCCAGCUGGAGGAUACCAUGCCACCUGGGCCCUACAACUCACAGUCUCAAGGCAGCAAGGAGAGCCUUGAAGAGGUACGGUGUUGGAGAACUUCCAGGGGACAGUCUGAUCCUGUGACUUUUCAGCAUCUUUACAAGCAGACAUUUCAGUUAUUCUCUGAGAUGCUCCAGAGUUUGGUGGUAAAAGACCCACAUUUGGAAAAACUUGACAUCAUUUUUAAGCACUUGUACCCUUGGUUGCAGUCAGUCAAAGACCAUGAGCGGGAAAGGGCCACAGCUAACAUGGUUCAAGUUCUACAGUGCUUAUCCAGACAUCUAAACUUGAAGCUUCCACUGAAAUUUGAAAGACUUGGACACCUAGUGGCUCUGAUGGCAAUGCUGUGUGGAGACUCACUGAAAGAGGUGGCUGAGGAGGCUGCAGAGGGCAUGCACUCCCUGCUACAUAUUACCCUGAGGCUGAAGUAUAUCACUCAUGACAAGAAAAAUCACCAAAGCUUGAAAAAAGCAAUGAAAAAAUGCCAUGACCUCCUAGAACUCUACUCUAUUAAACAUUUCUGUAGUUGCCCCUUCAAGAUUGCCCAGGUCUUUGAAAUUUUUCUCAAUGCAAAAGAGCUCUGCCAGUUUGUACUGACUGUAUUGGAUGGCCUGAAAUAUCUACAACAUCCCAGCACCCAACAAUCAGCAGGACAGUUGCUGAUAUCUUUGGUGAAAAAUGCAGAGUCCCGGUUUGAGAAGGUACCAGAAAUUCUGGGUGUUAUCUGUGCACGGCUCUCCAUAAUCAGCCAUCCAAUGGUUCGCCAACAAAUCAUAAAGACCGUGAGUUUGUUUAUCUCCAGGCCAAAGUACACAGAUGUAGUGAUCAGCUAUCUAUUGUAUCAUCCAGUACCAUAUGACAGGUAA